CUUAAAUAGUCAAUCAUACUACACAAUUAUAGUCAAAAACACAAUAAUUCAUCCAAUCAAUGCCACUUUCAGAUGGAAUCCAGUGAUUUUUUGGAAUCUACCCAUCCCUACGAGGAAGACCGAAGACGGUCAUUUUUCGACUUUUCAUCGCAACGCUUUGUGUUCUUCUCGAUUUUAUGCGUCCUCUUUAAAUCUGAGGCUAUUUUCACAUUUUUCGUGUGCUGGUUAAGAGGCCUUGCCUUAACCACAGGAACCAUUAAGAUUCCAACCCACAACACACUGUCCCACCUCUGGCUUCUAAAGCCCAUUUUCUGUUUAAUUAUAGAUUUAUCAAAUGUUUCAAUAUCGCAGACUAAUGAUGGGAUGGAUUUUAGCGGAAAGGCUUCGAAGGUACAAAAUAGAAGGCGGCCUAACUUUCUAUUCUUCAGAAUUUCAAACUACAGAGUUGUGAUUCUAAUACUGUCAGAGUAUACAAUGGCACUGUGUUCAGUACUCUUGUAUAUACUCUACAAAAUCAACUGUUUAAACACCUAUUGUACUAAUAUCUUGGCUUAUACUCUCACACUAAGCCUUGUAUGUGCAAGUGCGUACGGUGAAGGGUUAUUCUCAAGAUACAUAAGAGGGAAAGGAGAAAAUACAUAUCUUAAAUCAGUGGCUGAAAGACUUUCUCUGUCCUCUUUCUACGGAUACACAACCUUCCUUUUCCUAAUGUUCCCAGUCAUGUUUCCCGAUAACAAGUUCGGGGAAUUGCUACAGUUAAACUCACUGUUCCCCUUAUUUUUAGUAUUUAACGCAGUUUUUGUAUCAUGGCUCAUUAGCAGACCAGUUGUGUCAUCACACGUUCCAAAUAGUAACGCUCUAUCACCAACAGCUUCUCAGGUUGAUAUUUCAAAGGCCGAUUCAGAGAACUUCUCAAUUCAAGUUCUACUAUCACUAUUUUUUCUAUUAGUGGUGUCAUUUAGGCUAAAAAAUGAUUUCUACAAUAGAUAUAAGUUUUCAGACGUCGAUCAAUACGUUUAUCUACUCUUCACGCAGUUAUUUAAGCUAAUCACAUCGCUGUUUACUUUUUAUUUUAUGAGUACAAGGACUUUGCUAAACCUUUCAAUGGGAAUUUUCGGGACCUGCUUACUACUUCUAUACCCUCUAAAGUCCUAUACACUCAGAUUUUUCGACAACGUAGUAAGACUAGGCACACUUAGGAUUCUACUCUUAGGGUCGUUUUUGUCCUUUAUACAGCAGAUUCUCAUGACAUACGGACUUGUAAUCUCACUCUUCAUCACUCACCCUGGCUAUGAAGCCACAACCCUGAGCAUCCCGUCCUUUUCAGCACAUCUAACACACCUCUGCUUCAGGCAAAGAGUCAUAGAUUACCUGGAAAUGUCCAAAAAACAAAUCUGGGCUUGCGAUAUUCUAGGAAUCUUCUUCUUUUCCUACUGCUUCUCAGUUCUCUUCAACAAGGACCACCCGAAUUUUCUGGAAAAAUUCAAGAAAUCGCUCAAAAUUCUAGGAGACGAAAAUCAGCAUAAAGAUAACAGGGGGAACCAGUUCAAUUUAGCGACAUCUCUUCAUAAUACACAGAGUUCAAAAUCGCCCUGGGAACUACAAAGUGACCUCUCAUGUGACUCAGGAGCUCUCUAAUUUUUAAUUCUAGUAAUUAUACAUAA